GAGCGUGGAUAGUCUCUCUGCUGGUCGUUCCUCCGUAUGGCGCGCGCCAGUCAGUACCGGUCCAGCGACCGAUUUGGAGGGAUCUUUUGAACGUUCCCCGAAAACGGCCAGAGAGAGGACAGGAACGGUAACGUCGAGCAACAAGGGAAAGGAACGGCACACGAGGUAAAUAUACGCGUCAGUGCUGCAGCCACGGGCAGAGAUCGCAAUGUGGACGAAACUGCAGCUCCUGUUUGCGUUGCUGUUAGUGUCCCUUUUGGUGGACGGUACGACCCAACACCGGAGGAAACAUCGUCGUCGCACAACGACGACGCAAGCUCCUGUCGAAGAUGAGGUCAUGAACAUGCUCGAGGCUGAUGAAACAGCCGAGCAGGAUGCUGAGGUCACCGUCGAAGAUGGCAGAAACGAGGUUGGAUCGAAGCGUCAGGGCUUGCUCCGUAUGGAUCCGUGCAUAGAUAAACACUGUGACGCAGGACGAGUUUGCAAGGCCAUCGACGACGACACCGCCGAGUGCGUUUGCGUUGACGUAUGCGACGAGGAAGUCGAUCCUAGACGAAAGGUUUGCACCAAUCACAAUGAAACUUUCGGGAGCGAUUGCGAGGUCCAGCAGAUGCGUUGUUUCUGUAACAGCGGCGACGCCAGAUGUAGAAGCCAUAGAUAUCAACACGUUCACGUCGUGUACUAUGGCGAAUGCCGGGAGAUGCCCGAGUGCAAAGAGGAAGAUAUGGCUGACUUCCCAAGGCGAAUGCGAGACUGGCUGUUCAACAUCAUGAGGGAUCUUGCCGAUCGUCAGGAACUGUCGUCGCACUUUCUGAAGAUGCAACGGGAAGCGGAAACAAAUCAUACGUUGCGUUGGACUAACGCCGCCAUUUGGAAAUGGUGCGACUUGGACGGCGAGCCCCAUGACAGGGCUGUUUCCAGGCACGAACUUUUCCCCAUUAAAGCACCUUUGAUGACCCUCGAGCAUUGUAUCGCGCCGUUCCUCGACUCGUGCGAUCGCGACGACGAUCAUAAAAUCACUCUCAUCGAAUGGGGCAAAUGUUUGCAGCUGAACGAGGAGGAUUUGGAGGAUAAGUGCGACGAGCUGGCCGAAACGAAGAACUCGGACCAAUAAUAGCUACGACGAGUUCGAAUGAUAAGCGGUAGUGGUUACGACGGAAAUGAACGGAAGGGACAAAAAGGAGGGUAAACACACGGCGUGCAGUGCCAAUGAAAGGGCGAGGAACGAGAAAAAUGGCGGGAAAAGUUGCAAGUAAACCGUUGCACUUGGCAGUGCGCAUGUCUGCGCAGAGGCUCGUCGAUAUUGCAACCCAUCCGUGAUGGGUCGUGCCAACCGCAGUUUUAGACAGUGCUCUCUAAUAAUAUAGAGAUGUGUACGUUAGGGACUAUUCGCGAUAUUUCCAUAAUAACUUUUU